AUGAGCUCUGGCUCAGCCCAGGAUGUGGCAGUCGAGCAUUUCCUGCGUGACAUAGAGAGGCGAAGCAAGCGGCUACACUGCGCUGUGAUAGGCUGCGAGGAGGAGCGACCCCGCAGCGACAUGAACCUGCUGUAUCGUAAGAGCCGUUUGGACUGGAGGCAGAGGGACCAAGAGGGAAGUAAAAAGAGCUCUAGCCAAAACGACCCCUCAGCUACUGUUGGCAAAGUCAGAGACUUGGCUUCUUUCCGGCGGCACUUCCGGAUGGGUUUCAUGACCAUGCCGGCCUCCCAGGACCUGUCUCCUCACUCCUGUGCCUCUGCUAUGGCGCCACGCUCGCAGUCCUGCCACGCUGUCGGUGCCGGGGAUACCAGUCUAGAGAACGGAGAUUACUCUGACACCCAGUCCCAACAUGGCGGCCGAUGCCCCCCAGCCAAACCCAAACGCCACCCAAGCACUCGCCUCAGCUCCUCGUCCGCUGAUAGCAGAGGACCUCCUGAGACGCCGCCACCACCUCCGCCCACUCACUCACAAGCCAAACACUCAGAGAAGAAAAAUGCUAUGAAGAAAUCUGACUCUGGGGAUAUUGGAGCUAAGAAGGUGCCUCCUUUAAAGCCUAAGAGAAGUCCCAGCACCCAGCUUUCCUUUGACCCUCUUCCUCCACGUGUGCCUCCUCCUGCCGCAUCCCUGCUUUUCCAGGCAGCAGACUCUCAGAUUCAGACAGGAGACGGGGAAGAUGAGCCAGUCUAUAUAGAGAUGGUGGGCCAAGUGUUCACCAGGGACAGCCAGACGGCCACCCCCCACCCUGUCACCCCUGUGGCCACCACACCGGACUCUGACUCAGACCAGAGUGAGGCCAUCUAUGAGGAGAUGAAAUACCCUCUGCAAGAGGACAGAGAGUCCCAGAGACACCUCCCUCCCAAACAUGAGAAACUGAAAACCUCUAAACACUUCCAAGUCACCCCUUCCUCCUCCAGCAGCUCUUCUUCUUUGCCGCGCCCCUCCUCUUCUUCUCCCUCCUACUCCAAACCUAAAGCUACGGUGUCGAUCUCUCAUUCGUCUCCUCUGCCCUCCUCCGCAUCCUCCACCCCUGUCCCCCAGGUCCUCUCCACCAGUCCACACACCCCACGUGCUCCUACUCCCUACCUGCUGCAAGGGAGUAAAUCCGAGCCUGAGGCCAACACGAAGAUCCCAGCCCCUUUCCCCAAUCUCCUACAGCACCGGCCCCCGCUGCUUGCCUUCCCUCAGCCUGCAGCAGCCUCCAGCGGGGUUGGGGUGCAAAACAAGGCGUCUGCUUCUGUUAAAAUGGGAACUCAAACAUCCAGCAUUACAACUCAAGCCAGCACCUCCUCCUCAACCUCUUCUAAUGUUCCUGUAUCCCUGUCAGGCUCCAAGGAGUUAUCAGGAGGCAGUGCAGCCCAGCAGGACAAACACAGCAGAGAGGCCCAGUUAGGCCCAGCUCCUGGACUGAGAGCCAGGAGUCACUCCACGCCCCUGCCACCCUCCUCCAAAUCCACCUCCCCUUUCUCCCAUCACCACCACCACCCUCACCAUCGGCCCUCGCACUACCAUCACUAUCGCAAGCCGGAGAGAGGAGACUCUCCUGCUCCAACCAAGAGCAGCUCUCAGACUUCGAACCAGGCCACAGUCCAGACCCAAACCUCAAGUACGGGCAAGGAAGGGAAGUCUGUUAGCUUCCUUUUGAAGUCCGAUAAAGGAGAGAGGGACAAGGACAGGGACAAAGACAGGGACAAGGAUAGGGACCGGGACCGGGACCGAGACCGAGAGAGGGAUAGGGGUAGAGACAGGGAUAGGGAGAGAGACAAAGAGAAAGACAAGGACAGAGACAGAGAUAGGGAUAAGGACAGGGACAGAGAAAGAGAAAGGGAUCGGGAUAGGGAAGGAGGGCCACACUCCUUACAGAUGGACAGUGCUACCACCAGUAGCAGCCAAACAUCUCAAAGCACCAGCUCAACCCCUACGCCAUUAUCCUCAUCCCAGCGUCCUCAUUCUCGCCCACAUCUCCGCUCUCACACUCCACACGGCCUGCCAGCGUAUAAGCCUCCCUCCUCAGACAGCCCCCUGCUGUGGACCUACCCCUCUGGUGGCUUCCGGAGACCGCCGGCUUACGAGAGCCUAAGAGGAAGCUCUCAGACGCCGUCUCUGCAACAGCCCUCAAGUCUUACUGGUGUCUGUGAGGGGGUGUCCAAGAGCAAUGGAGGGUCUGCAUCCCUCCAGUCAAAAGCUGGCUUCAUGCCCUGGGACAGCAGUGCCAGCUUAACUGCAGAUGAGGGGUCUUACUGGCCUAUGCAGAGGAAAUUGUCCUUCAGCCAUGGGAGCAGAGAGACAGAGAAGGAUGAAGGGCGUGCAUGGAAUGGCAGUGCUGAUGCCCUGCUAAGGAUGGAUAAAGAGGAUCUGGGGAUGGGGUCUCGAGGAGGCCACUCAGGCAUCCCAGUCCACUUUAGCGGCGCCACCAGCAGGGCCCUUGGUCACAGUGAGUCCUUGGCCGGUGUAGAUAGCAGCCUGGGAUUCAGAGCCGUACCCAGAGUAGGGCUCCCUCUUCCCUGCCAGACUUUCCCUGCCUGUCGGAAUGGAGAAGUGGGGCGGCUGGGCCGCUCCUCCUCUGCUGCUGGAGUGAGACAGGUGGGUGGAGGAGACGUCCAGAGACAGAGCAGUCUACCAGCACGAGAAGCCCUGAAUCAGCUGCAUGGUCUGGCCCAGCCUCAGGUGCCCUGCAGUCCCAGCAGCCCCAGCGUGUCUCGGCAGCAGCAGCAGCUUCAGCUUCACCAGCAGCAGCUGCAGUUAAAGCAGCAGCUCCAGCAGCUUCAGCAACAGCACCACCUGCAGUUGCAAUUCCAGCAGCUUGCCCAGCUGGCACAGGGACAGCCUCCCAUCAGCGGAGGCACCACCCCUUCCACAACGCAGACCCAGAGAGAUGGCAAGCUGCUGGAAGUCAUUGAGCGUAAACGCUGCCUGUGCAAAGAGAUCAAGGCCCACAGGCGCCCUGACAAAAGCCUUUGCAAGCAGGACAGCAUGCCCAUCCUCCCUAGCUGGAGACGGACACCUGAGCCUCGUAAGACUGGCACGCCACCCUGCCAGAGGCCGCAAGCCGUUGUGUGGGACACGGCUAUCUGA